AUGGCAAAGCAGCCCGCGCUGAUUGCUGUCUCUUUUCUGCUGGCAUCACACAUCGUCCUCCUUCCUCCAUCUGCAUGUGGCUCGUCGUCGCCAGCGGGAGCCCGGAAGCUAGCAGGGCCGUCAUCGAGAGCGAAGACAGGAAAAUGGCUGGAGACACUGCGGGACCUGAGCCGAAUGCAGCAGUGGGCUUUGGCUUUAGAUGUUGUCCGGGCAGCAUCCGUUGAUGAUUCACUGACAAUGCCCCUUCUGCAAUCUGCCCUUUGGGCCUGCAGAUCUGGCGGUCUCCCGCCAACGCUGUCUUUGCUGCGCCUGAUGGGUGAGCAGCGCCUUCAGCCGCAGAUGACCACCUACCUCAUUGCAGCUCCCGACAGUUCCACUGAGGCUGAGGGGAUGAUGUCGCUGCUGAAGGCUUUGAGGCAGAGCCAAGUUGAAGUCGACCUUCCAAAGUUCACGGAGAUGCUGAUGCACGUCUCCAGCGACGAGGAGUGGGAAAGAAGCAGAGCAUGUGCAGCUGAUUGGAACAUUCCCUGGCCUUCCUGGAGGCUACAAACCAGGAAUAAACGCAUCGGAACUUGGUUCGACCAUCACCGGAGGCUGGUCACUGUGGGUUUGCUGGGUGCUCACCCGCACCAGGGGAACGCGAACGCUUUUGCCAACUACAAGGCACUUCACGCGGCACUGUUGGAGAGCCAGCGCAGUGGCAAGGCACCCGAUUUCAGCGACGCAGGAGCACGCUGGCUCUACGUUGAGCGGCAAGGCCUCUUGCGAUCAUGGUAUCUGCCCCGCAUUUUGCUUUGUCCCGAAUUGGAUGGAGCAAGGGAAUGUCUCUUCAAAGAACGGCGUUGUCUCGUCCUUGACAUUGGUGGUGGCCCAGGAUCUGCGGCUUUGGGCCUCGACAUCUUCGCGCAGCAUUUUGCUUGGGAUGUUGAGAUCCAGUAUCAUGUCUUGGAUUUGGAGCCUGGCUGGCAGGCGGCUGCAGAAGCUUUCCAAAAGCACCUGGCGAAGAGUGCCAUCUCAUUUCACACUGGGGACAUGCUGACUGCCCUGCAAGGGAAGGGUUUACCCGAGCCAUCAGAAGUGGAUAUCUUCCUGUUCUCCUAUGUGAUUCAUGAGAAUGCCCUGGCUCUUCGGAGUAGUAACUAUGGAGUCCUGCCGGCACUUUUCAAAGCUGCUGCGCCCAAUUCCCUCUUCAUAUUCAUGGAUCCUGUUGACCACAUGUGGCCAGAAAUCGUGGACCUGGCUCGCAGCUGCAAUGGCUUCAGAGUGGUUCUUCUCCGGGUUCUCAAGAGCUUUUGGCUUGUCUUGGAAAGUGGUGCAGGGAUGGAUCACGUGGCCGAUGAUAUCCUGCAGCUUCUCAAAGAUUCUGCAACCGCUGAGCGUGAUCAACGUCUUCGGAAACUGCUUGGUGAUGACUACAUCGUCUUGCCAGAUGCAGAAAGGAAGCCGGACACCGUCGCGGUAUGGAAGCAGCUGUCCGGAAUUCGAAAGCGCAAGCUUCGCGAAAACUCAUGA